AUGAAUCGCGGAAUGAUGCCAUUUCGUGCUGAUGAAAAGCUUUCAGACGACGAAAAAAACAACACUUAUUUUUUGUUAAUAAUGAAUGUUUUAAAAAAAAUCGAACAUGUUGAGAUUAUAAAGAUCGAGAACGAUACGAUGAUCGGAAAAUUCAAGAGCCUCGAUUUCGUUGUAAAGUGUAUAUACCUGCCAUGGUUUUUAAUAAAGCCACCUAAAAUUAAAAAAUUUUUACAAGAAAUAAAGCACAUGCCUAAUAGUGUGUUCGGUUUUUUUGUUUCGAAUUCUGCGUUUUCAAACGUAAUUAUUGAAAAAGUAAAACAGGAAACAAAGGUUUUUUUGUGUCAUGAGAGCGAUUUAAUUGAUACUAUCAAAUAUGUUGAGCAAAACAAGGACAACGUUGUCAAAAAUGUUAUUCAAAACUUUGAAAUAAUGGUUGAAUUUCAGCAAGAACUAAUCAGGUGUCAACAGGCAUUAAUUAAUACGCUGAAAGAUAAAUACUUAUAA